AUGAUGCUGGCCGCGUCCUGUUCAUCAUUGGUCUUGGGGGACGUAGGCGUAGCUAUGCUCUCCGGCGCAAUGAUUAUCGUAGCAUGGACGUCGCUGUGGGAGCCUCCUAUAGAUCGCGAAGAGCUUGUGUACGUACAAUUGCCGGAAGGAUUCCUAGACAUGUCUGAAGAAGAUAUGGCUGGUUAUCUCGCAACCAUAGACGUUGAAUCCAUAGGUGAAGAAUUUGAUGUGUUCGACUCCGUUCAAGGUGGUACCUUCGGGGAAUUGAACUUACCCGAUGACUACGCAUGCUGUAUCCAUCAUUUCUAUGCUGGAUGGACAUUCCCGCAGAUACUGAUUUCCAACGUGCAGGAUGUCAGCAGCAUCAAGUUGCACCGUCCGACCAGCUGGCUGAAAGCAAUUCUAUCUAUAAUACAAGUGGUCUCCGCCAUCCUCACGCUCUAUAAUUCGCGAAGCGAUCAGCUGAUGCGCUACGGAUACGCUGCAUAUGGACUUUCCGUUACCCCAUAUACCAUCAUGUCGUUGAUCAACCUCCUUUACGCCGGACAAGUUGGGGAAUGGCCAUGCCUGUACAUCCUUCAUACGCCGAUUCUAGAAGAGGCGGAAUGUCGCGAGGAUGCGCCCUUCACUGGAGUGAUUGGGAGGGUGAGGCCCUUACCGUCUACUGAAGAAAUCUCCGGUGAUCCUUCAAUCCAGCCAUGUAUCAGGGAAGGAUACACCGCUACAUUUCUCUCACUGGAAUACACAGACGAUUUGCAACCAGUCACAGCGCUGCGGACUCUUGUAGUCCGUGUUGACGAUGCCAUUAGAAGACUGAAGUUCUAUCCGGGGGCCUCUUCCAGCAAUAUCGUUCUGCGGUUUGGUGUUGCGUCAAUGACCGACCGAACGCUCCCGUUACCGGAUUCGUUAUGGUUCCCUAAGGGGUUGGAUCCCUCUACCUUCCUGGAGAACCCUAAACUGAGUGAUUGCCUCGCCUUCGUCCCCAUGUAUUGGUUUGUCGCUGUCAACUAUGUGCUCGCUGCCGUGUUUGCAAAUGCGGUCAUUGCAUCUCCUUAUGUCGUUAUGCUCAUCCUGACGCACUUCAAAGUUCAGAGCAGUACUCUAGCGGAUCGGGCAUGGAUGGUGUCAUGGCCUAUCACUAUGGUCCCAGCAGUAGGAGGUUUCUAUACUGUUGUCAAGAUGUAUUUGGAUGAUAAGGGGUAUUCAAAAUGCUAA